GACAAAGUAAGGGACUGUUCUGACAUUACCGCUCGUGGACCGCUUCCCAAUGGUGCGCAAUCUGCCAAAGUUGAGGGCAAAAAUAAUUGGUUAGUGUACGGAGGAAAGAACGAGGCCGACCCAAGUGCUGAGCUUGUUGCUGGAAAGGCUUACCCAAACGUGGAAAGCAUGGGAUUGCCGUCAGGCACCAUUAUCCAAAGCAUUAAAAUUAAAGCGUAA